GAGGGAGCCCGGAGCUGGCUCUCCCCCAGCACUGCCCUCCUGGGCGGGAGCGGCGCUGUCACCGCGCCAGGGGGACCGUCGACAUCAGCGCGUCCGGCAUUCGCUUGACAGAUGCGGAACUGAGGCCCUGAGAGAGGACGUGACUUGCCUGAAGUUGCCCAGCGAGUUAGGAGCAUCGCCGAGGCUGGAGCCCAGGUGCCCUGACUCCUGGUCCGGGGCUCCCUUCUCCACCCCAGCCUCUCAGCAGGUGGACAAGAUUGUGGACCAGCUGCAGCAGUUAAUGCAGGUGUAUGACUUGGCUGCCCUUCGGGAUUAUUGGAACUACCUGGAGCGUCGGCUCUUCAGCCGCUUGGAGGAUAUGUAUAGACCCACCAUCAACAAGCUGAAAACCAGCCUGUUCCGCUUUUAUCUUGUCUACACAAUCCAGACAAACAGAAGUGACAAGGCUCAGGAGUUCUUUGCAAAGCAGGCCACGGAGCUCCAGAACCAGGCCGAGUGGAAGGAUUGGUUUGUCCUGCCCUUCCUGCCGUCCCCAGACACCAACCCCAUCUUUGCUACCUACUUUUCUCGCCAGUGGGCCGACACCUUCAUCGUGUCCCUGCACAACUUCCUGAGCGUCCUGUUUCAGUGCAUGCCGGUUCCCGUGAUCCUGAACUUCGACGCAGAGUGCCAGCGGACCAGCCAGGUUCAGGAAGAAAAUGAAGUUCUGCGCCAGAAGCUGUUUGCACUGCAGGCCGAAAUCCACCGACUGAAGAAAGAGGAGCGACAGCCAGAAGAGGAAGAGGCCUUAGUCCAGCACAAAUUGCCUUCUUACGUCUCCAACAUGGACCGCCUGGGGGACUCGGAACUAGCCAUGGUGUGCAGCCAGAGGAACGCUUCCCUCUCCCAGUCGCCUCGCGUGGGCUUCCUGUCCUCGCUGCUGCCUCAGAGUAAGAAGAGCCCCUCAAGGUUGUUGCCUGCCCAGGCCCCCCCUCAGGCUCAGAGCUCGGCCAAGAAGGAGUCCUUUGGCGGCCAGCAAUACAGGGACUUCUCUGGUGGCGCAGUGGUUGAGAAUCCGCCUGCCAAUGCAGGGGACACGGGUUCGAGCCCUGGUCCGGGAAGAUCCCACAUGCCACGGAGCAGCUACACCCGUACACCACAACUACUGAGCCUGCGAGCCACAGCUACUGAGCCUGCGUGCCACAACUACUGAAGCCUGCACUCCGCAACAAGAGAAACCACUGCAAUGAGAAGCGCAUGCACCGCAACAAAGAGUAGCCCCCGCCCGCCGCAGCUAGAGAAAGCCCGCGUGCAGCAACGGAGACCCCACACAGCCAAAAAUAAAUAAAUAAAAAAUAAAUUUAUAAAAAAAAAUUAGCAAUACAUAAAAUGAUAGGCUUUCCUAUUUUAAAUAUUACUUAUAUGUAGUAUUGUAAGUUUCAAUCACGUCAGCAUUUUACCCACUUGUGAUCAGUCACUGUAACUCUUGUUGUUAUCACUGAAAAGUUCAUAAAAUUAUAGAUGUAGAGUCUAUGGCGGUACACUCUCUGUGCUUUCAAUAUGAAUCCGGAGGCAAAAUUUUAGAAACACAUGGAAGUAGCUGUAAAACCACAAUUCCUAAGCUCUUUUGGGAUUUCUGUGACAGAAGCCCCUUUGGGUAUCUCCUCAGCAGGCUCCCCCACUGCAGUUUUACCCUAUCCUCCCCUCCAGUUGUAAUUCUACUCCUUCCAUAGCUACUCAGUCAGUUUGGGACUCUGAGGGGGAAUUAUGGUUAUUACGGAGAUAACCUCUAAUUGGCUGUAAUGCAAAGAAAGCAAAGCGAUCACAGACUUCUGUAUUUGUAACUCUUAUUAGUAUCAGACUACCUCAUAGCUCCGGUGACAUCAGCAGUAAGAAUGCUGCCCUUGGGGCUGUUUCCAUGGAUCUUAGCAGGAUGGGGAAAAGGGAGCCUUCUUCCCCGUCUUUCAUUCUGUAAUUUCUAUGUCACUAGGGCCUGUCUUCUGGGUGUCUUUAUUUUGCUUCAGGUGAGCCUAAAUUACUGGAACUUGUUCUCUGUUCCAUUUGGAUGACUGCCUGGUAAGCUCUAUUCAGGCCACCGAAAAUGAAUUUGGAUCCUUCCCUAGAGUGAGAAGCAAGAAGGUCAAAUGAUAAAACAUAGGUUAAGAUACCUCUCCUGAACUGUAGGAGACAGGUUGAUUAUGGUAGAAUAUAAUACAAUAUAAUUUGACUGUUGGAAUGUUAUCUGAAUCCAGUAGUUAAGAUUUUUAUGAGGUUUGCUCUUAAAAUAAAACUUUCAAUUACCGGUUGUAUCACAGUGAACAUUUACUUAAGUUAUAUGCAUUUGUAGCUAGACACAAGUUUACCUUAACUUACUUAUUUAGGUGUUUGGUGGCUGGCUGCAUUCAUCAGCUUUUAGCAUGCUAUUGUUUUUUGUUGAUGUUUACCCUUCGUUUGUAAAUAACUUAGAUAGCGUUUAAGGAGAAGCUCUCUCUAAGUAGGAUCUGAUAGGUCACACUUAGGUCUAUAGCUCUUUUGGUAUAAACUACCCUAUCAUUAUAAAGACAGUUCUUCUUAAUUUGUUGCAGUGCCUUAUGUUAAUGCCUGUGUAAAUUUUCAUUUCAGAGUACUGUCCAGCCCCCAACCUAAUGAUAAACUGGACAACUUCCUUGCCAUCUUGACUUGACCGGGAAGCAUUGCUUUUGUUCUUCUUAAUGUUGUAAUGUAUUUGCUGGGGAAGGGUUACAAGUGGCUUUUGUGUCAGCUAGAGGAAUUUGAAGUCUAUCCUAAGCCUCUCUAUACCAUCAGUUUGGGCCAAUUGAAUUGAGCACCCUUAAAACCACGUGUUGGAAAAGGAAAAAACACCACUUAUCAGGUGUAGCAGGUGAGUAAGGAAAGACAGGUGUGCCACCAAGUGCCUGUCCCUGCUCUGCAGCCUUCCCAGCCUUUGGUUCCAAGGUGGGAUACCCCUGUGGUCUGUGUACUUUCUUUGGGAAUGCAUGCAAUAUUAAAUGGGUUCUUUUCCUUCUCAAAUAUCCAGUUUAAAGAUCUCUUGGUCAGGCUGAUAAAUCUGUCAAACCUGAAUCAUAGUUGUGCCAGGCUGUUCGAGACUUCCUUGCUUGCCAGGAUCCCACUAUUUUGGAAAACAGCCGUCAACCCUGGAAACUGAUCUUCCUCCUCCUCCUCUCAGCACUGUUUUUAUAGCUAGCUGUGGAGUUCCCAUAGCCGCCACUGAAGUCCAGAAAACAUGGCCUCUGCUGUCAGUUCUUCUUUUGUCUUGUCUGUCAAAAUGUUAGAGCUUUUGGAGACGUGUUUUGGAAUUCUUCAUUUCUAAUUUUAUUUGAGUCCUCUUUUUUUCUUGGUAAAUCAAGCAAAAGUUUUGUCUGUUUUGUUUAACUUUCAGAAAACCAGCCCUUAGUUUCAUUGAUCAUUUCUAUUGACUUUUUAGUCUAUUUCAUUGUUUUCCACUCUGAUCAUUGUUAUUUCCUUCCUUCUACUAACUUUGGGCUUCAUGUAUUCUUCUUUUCCUAGUUCCUUGAGCUGUAAAGUUAGGUUGUUUACUUGAGGUCUUUCUUCUUAAUGUAGGUGUUAUUACAAACUUCCCUUUUAGAAGUGCUUUUGCAAAAGUUUUGGUAUAUUGUGUUUCCAUUUUUACUUGUCUCAAGAUAUUUCUUGAUUUCUCUUUUGAUUUCUUCUUUGACCAAUUGGUUGUUCAGGAACAUGUUGUUCAGUCUCCACAUAUUUAAGAAUUUUUUAGUUUUCUUCUUGUAAUUGAUUUCUAGUUUCAUCCAUUGUGAUGCUUGCUAUGAUUUCAGUCUCCUUAAAUUUAUUAAGACUUGUUUUGUGGCCUAACAUAUGAUCUAUCCUGGAGAAUGUUCCAUGUGUGCUUGAGGAUGGAAUGUUCUGUAAAUGUCUAUUAAGUCCAUCUGGUCUAAAGUGCAGUUUUAAGUCCAGAGUGUCCCUAGUGAUUUUCUGUCUGGAUGAUCUAUCCACUGGUGAAAGUAGGGUAUUGAAGUUGUCUACUAUUAUUUUCUACUGCCUAUUUCUCCCUUCAGGUCAGUUAAUAUUUGCCUUAUAUAUUGAGGUGCUCUGACGUUAGGUACAUAAAUAUUUACAAAUGUUAUAUCCUUUUGUUGGAGUGACCCCUUUAUCAUUGUAUAAUGGCCUUCUUUGUCUCUUAUUACAGUCUUUGGCUUAAAGUCACUUUUGUCUGAUAUAAGUAUAGUCUCCCCUGUGGAAUUCUUUAGUCUGAGCAGUUUGCCCUCUGGAUCAGUAGAUAUAGGGAGGAAUUAAUAGAUUUGUAUAAUGAAGGUUGGCAUCCUUGGAUCUCCUCCUAGGGAGUGAACCACCCCCGACCCCACUACCCACCCUGGGACCGUGUGAGGGACCAUGGUUACCUCAGGACCACCUCUUACUUUUGGGAAGGCAACAGGAGUCAUCUUCCACUUUCUAAAACUGUGGGACCUAUUCAGUGUUCCAUGGACCAUGGGAUACUUCUCAAGAAUGGCUGGAAGCACUGAGAGAAGGGUCUUAUCUUGGUUGUUAUUUUGCUCCAGGAUUAUGACAUUUCUUCUUAUCUUUUCUAUUCAGUUUCACUUUCUUCCAUGUGCUCCCAUCAUGGUUUUUCUUUCUUCAGGUUUCUCAGAGUUCGGGGCCGCUGUCAGAUCUGGAUGUCAAUUCUGGUUCUGUCAAGUUAUCCCUGUGUAAAACGAGUAACUUAACCUCUCUAAACAUCUGCUCCCCAUGUUAAAAUAAUGCCUCAUCGUUAAGGGAAUGUUUGUAAGGUUCUUAGCAUGGCACCUUACGUACGGUAAAUGCUCAACGAGUAAUAUAUAUUGAUGUUAUUAUUGUUGUUGGUUUUCUUCUUAGGUUAUUUUUUAAAAAUCUUAACUAAGAACUUUACUUUUCCCCAAAUAAGUCAGAAUUCAGAGAAUCAAAUACUCUUUCUAGAGAAAACAUCUGUUACAAGCACAAGUAGAUACCAAUGGAGGUCGCCUCAGUCAGAAAACCAAAAAUAACCAAUCCUGUGUAGGUCAGCCACAGUUAGGCUCCAGGUAAACUAAUAGCCUUUAAAAUUUCCUUUCUUAACUGUUCACAUGACUCUGGGGUCCCAAGGAACACAUGUUAAUCAUUUUAAGUUGGUUAGUGUUAACAUAAAAAAUAACCGGUAGAAACUAGAAGCCCACAAGUAGACUUUGGUUGAGUUUAUUCUCUUUCCUUAGGACUUGUGUACAAAUGAUUUGUGAGGAGGUUGGUCUCAAACCAGAGCGGCUGUUUGCAUCCUAUCCCUUUGCUAAGAGUGUAAAAAAAAAAG